AUGUUACCGUAUCAGCAGGUUUUUGGAAAUUCUUGCCAUUUAUCAGUCGAGUUAGAACACAAAGCAAUGUGGACAUUGAAAGCUUUGAAUUUGGACUGGACAAGAACCUCUAAAGAGAGAGUGGAGCAGUUAAACGUGUUGGAAGAAUUCAGGUUGAGAGCUUACAAAAGUUCAGCUCUUUACAAAGAAAAGAUGAAGAAGUGGCAUGAUGCUAAAAUAUUUAAGAGAGAGUUCAAAGUGGGAGAUCCGGUGCUACUCUACAACUCCCGUCUUAGACUUUUUCUCGAAAAGCUCAAGUCCAAAUGGUCAGGACCAUUUAGAGUGACACGAGUGUUCACUAAUGGUUCCAUCGAAGUUGAAGGUCAAGAAGGACCAGCUUUUAAGGUGAAUGGGCAACGUUUGAAAUCAUACUUUGGCGAAUGCCAAGAGAUCUCCCUGAUUGAGGUGGUGAAGGAUACUGAGCGAGGAAGAUUCACUCGGCGAAUUGCCGAGACAGUUCAAUGA